AUGAAUUCUUCAGGUCUGUCCUUCACCAAGUUUCUGCCUCGUCCCGCGCGACGCGAACCAAUAAUUACCGAGCCGGCUAGAUAUAUCAAAAUGACUACGUUCGGCCCCGGGAUACAACCCCCCCACACAGAUCCUCACACGUUCUACCUGCGCAAAUGCCUUGCCCUCGCCGAACGGUCCCCGCCACGCCCGACCAACUUCCGCGUGGGUGCCAUCCUCGUCUCACGCAAGACAGACCACCACGACCCCAAGAAAGAAACAGGAGAUAUCACAGACGACCGGAUCCUGUCGAGUGGCUACACGAUGGAACUGGCGGGGAACACCCACGCGGAACAGUGCUGUCUGGCGAACUUGGCGGCCGUGCACGGCAUUCCCGACGACCGCGUGGCGGAGAUUCUUCCCUACGAAGUCGGUCGUAAGCUCGUCAUGUAUGUGACUAUGGAGCCAUGUGGGCGUCGGUUAUCAGGGAAUACGCCGUGCGUGCAGCGGAUCGUGGCGACGAGGAACAGCAGCAGCAGCAAUGGUGAUGGUGAUGGUGAUGGUUUCAAGAGGCUAGGGAUUGAAAAGGUGUAUUUCGGGGUGAAAGAACCCGGUACGUUCGUCGGUCAGUCCGAGGGAUGUAAGAUAUUGACCGAGGCGGGUAUUGAAUGGGAGCUGGUAUCAGGGCUGGAACGUGAGAUCCUGCAGGUCGCCGUCGCGGGCCAUGAGAAUCGAGACGAGGAGAUCCGCGCAGCGCUGGGGACAGACGUCGAUGAUAUCAGUGUCGAAGAGAGGAGGAGACAGGAGCAGUUGCCGCGGAAUCCAAAGAAGCGCAUGAUGGAGGUGGAUUUGACCACUUGAUAGUAAUAUAUGACUAUGCUACAAUGUUAUAAAGAUACUGUAGUGAUCUACCUACUUAUGAUGGCUGAAUGCAUGUUCUACUACGGAGUAGCAUGGCUAAGUGACUGAUAUAUAGAUAAAUACCAUUCUAUAAAAG